AUGUCAGAAAAUAUUUCAUCUUCAUCCGUACUAGUAAAAACCUACGGCGACAUUUAUCUUAAUACUCCAGAUACUGAGCGUUCUGUACAAUUCUUUGAAGAGAUUGAAAUUCUUCCUCGAAUGCGUUUCUGUACCAGAUGCCAAAGCCCUAUGCGUAAAACUAAAGAUAGUUCCCGCAUUGAUAAGCAAAAAUGGGCCUGCACCUCAAAAACUGCUUGUGGUUAUUCAACUACUUUAAGAUCAGGAACGUGGCUAUCUUACUCCAAAAUAUCUCUAGCUCAAAUUGCCAAAAUCAUGUUUUGUUGGUCUCAUAAACUUCCCCAAAAAUUUACUGUUGCUGAAACUGGUGUUAGUGCUCAAUCGAUGGUAGAUUGGUAUAAUUUCUGUCGCGAUAUAUGUUGUGUAGCAUUAAUGAAUCAAGAAAAUAAGAAAAUCGGAG